AUGUCUGUCACGCUCAGCAACAGGUUCCAAGGAGGGAAGGCGUUUGGCUUGCUAAAAGCCCGGCAAGAGAAGAGGCUGGCAGAGAUCAACCGGGAGUUUCUCUGUGACCAGAAGUACAGCGAUGAAGAAAACCUGCCGGAAAAGCUCGCUGCCUUUAAGGAGAAGUACAUGGAGUUUGACCUGAACAAUGAAGGCGAGAUCGACCUGAUGUCUUUAAAGAGGAUGAUGGAGAAGCUUGGGGUCCCCAAGACCCACCUGGAGAUGAAGAAGAUGAUCUCAGAGGUGACGGGUGGGGUCAGUGAGACCAUCUCCUACAGAGACUUUGUGAAUAUGAUGCUGGGGAAACGGUCGGCUGUCCUCAAGCUAGUCAUGAUGUUUGAAGGAAAAGCCAGUGAGAACAGUCCCAAGCCAGCUGGCCCCCCUCCAGAGAGAGACAUUGCCAGCCUGCCCUGA